AUGUUUCUUCCGUACGGAUGUCCAUCAGCCGGAAAGUGCAAAAUAACUACAAUUACUAGAAAAUAUUGUCCCAAAUGUCGGUUUGAUAAGUGUUUGGCCGUUGGAAUGAAACGGGAUUCAAACAAUUCAGAGACACAAACAAUGAUAACAACAAUCACUCCCUUAUAUAAAGAAAUCAUUGGUUCUAACGGUUUGAAUGAAUUGGAGAUCCAAAGGAUUACUGAGUUGUCGGUGGCGUCCGAUGUAUACAACUAUCCAUUGGCUAAAUAUAUAAUUGAAAUACGAGAUGAAAAUGAAUUAUUCCGUAUAAUUAAAGUCAAAUCCGAGCACUUUAUUAGGGAUACCAUUAAAUUCACUAAAGGUUUGCUAUCGUUUGCCAACACCUGUCCCGACGACCAGUACGUGCUGUUCAAGUCCGGGGCCUUUGAAGUGAUUUAUAUGCAAUACUUAGACACUUACGAUAGGGAUCGGGAAAUAUUUCACAUUCAUCUAGAUAAGGAGCAUUCAUUGUUGAUUACACUGCAGUCAUAUAAGGAGACGGACUUUAAUUAUUAUAAUAUGUUUAAGCGAUUCUUGGAUUCAAUUAUUCCCGAAUUACACAGCGAUCCCAUUAUUAUGAAUUUGUUAUUGCACUCUUCAGCCCAAAUCGACCCGAUUUGA